AUGCGGGAUCCUGCAAAAAACCGAUCCGGUCGAAUUGUGCCAUUCGGUUUUGUCACUAGAAACUGGAUCCGUAGUCCACGCUCGCGCAUUGCUCUUUUGCGCGGCGCCGAGAUUGCUGUGUUUCGUCGAAAAAUGUCGCAAACAAAUAUUGAUCCCGAACUUCUUAUUACACUAAUUGAAAUUAGGCCUAUAUUAUGGGAUAAAACGCUGGAAAAUUAUAAAGAUAACAACUUGCGAACUGCAGCAUGGCGCGAAGUUUGCAUUGUUUUGAGAGAAGACUUUCAAGAACUUGAGGAAAAAGAAAGACAAAGCUAUGGUAAGUUUUUAUAUUUAUUUCGUUUAUCCUUGUAUUGCUUCGUCUUGCCAAGGUACAGCUCCCACUUCAGAAACAAAAUAAUUUGUGAACUCUGUUCGUAUUGUGUUAGCACAGCGUCCACCUCGUGUAUUUGGCUCAUUACGUACGUUUUCCAAAGAUAUCGAUUGGCGCUCGCGCCCCGCGCGCCUACCUGCUCCGCCCGCCUGUCUGCCCCACCCGCCGCGCGCCCGCUCAAUUCAGUACAUUCCUUUGACUUGUUAAGACGUGUAGCGCUGCGCUUCAAUAAAAUCAUGUCGAAAAAAGAAAAAGAAAAAUUGUAUGACCAACAAAUAAAUCGCGAAGUUUUGAUUGCUGCAAUCAAAGACAGGCCAGUUUUAUGGAAUAAAUUUUUGGAAAUUUAUAAGGACAAAACCGCUAAAACAGCAGCAUGGCGGGAAAUAUGCAUAAUUUUGAAAGAAGAUUUUGAAGAAAUGGAUCAAAAGGACCGACAGUUGUUUGGAAGUUCAGUGAUGAAAAGGUGGACACAAUUGAGAGACACUUGGAGGAAAUCAUUAGAUGAAAACAAAGAAACAAAAAAAUCUGGGUCUGGUACAAAAUCUAAGCCCUACAAAUAUAAUCAAGAGAUGAGCUUUUUGAAGCCAAUUAUUAAGCCAGGUGAAACAUAUGACAAUAAUCCAAAUACAAGAGAUGAAGCCCAAAGAGAAAAUGCAGAUCAACAAGAAAAUCAGAAAGAGAAACACUUAGAAUCAUCAUCAAAAAAGAAAAGAAUGGAUAGUGGCAGCGUAUUGGAUGAUAAAAUGAUGAAACUUGUUGAUCAUCAAUUAAACACAAUUGGAAGUGAUGACCGUAACAUGAAUUUUUUUAAGGGGGUUCUGCCAUCCCUUCAGCAUUUUGAUGAUGAUCAAAUACUGGAAUUCCAAUCUGGGGUCAUUAACCUAAUACAGAGUAUUAAAACUGGACGAAACUAUUCGAAUUGGCAUCAAAAUUAUUACAAUUCACAUCAUCACAACUAUAAUAGUGGUGGUUAUUUAUUAUACUAAGCCUCAAGAAUCACCGGGAGGAACGUCUAAUAAUAAUAAUAAUAAUACGUCCGCAAGGCAGCUUGUGGCGAGCUGUUGGGCAGUGGCGACCCCACGGACCUGACUCCCGGGAGAGGCCCUACUUUUUAACUCCGGUUGGUACUCGUGACUAUCCGGAGUGGCCUCUCCUACCUCACUCUUGCCUUAAUCGGCUGGUUUGAGUGGAGAUUCGCAAGAGUGGAGUUGCCUUCAGCUCCACUUGGGGGAAGGACGUAUCCCAGUAAGAUGCUGGUAGGGGUCUUGACCGUACUUCCGGGAUUGCUCUGAUAGCCGUGGGAUGCCCCCGAUGAUACCCCUUCCUCAAGCAGCUCAACGGAUGUUGCUUCCCUUGUCGCUACAUGCUAGCGGCCGUUUCCGGGGGCCCACUAUUGAGUUUGCGAGUCACCCCCUGCCUGUUUAUCCGUAUUUUUCAAUAUUGGUCAGGGGCAGGGGCCAUAGUCCCCAUAGUUAACCGGUUAACUAUUCCACAGCCACCCACACCCAUAUCCCUAUCAUUUCCUUUUACCAUAUCUCACAAUAGUCCUGCAUCAACCGGGGAUUGUCCUUUGGUGUACUUCCAUAGUGCAUACAGGGAUAAUCGCCGGAUGAUGUCCCAUCACAUAUAGAUUAAAAUUGUUCAACGGGCCUCUGCGAGUUGGCUUCGGCCCCUCGUACGCCUUCCAAAGGUCCGGGACCCUGUGGUCCCGUGAUUAUGUAAAGAACAUACAUAAUAAUACUCUGCCUCUUCCUGAAAGUUCAUCGAUAGUAAAUGCAGAAGUGUCUGCAGAAACGCCCACCCCUCUACAACCUGGAACAUCGCUGAUCCAUCGCGAUGAUCCAAGUGCAUCACCGGCACUAUCUACAGCUCUAAGUCAAUUAAGUGAUUAUCUGGAUCUAUCAAAUUUCUAAAAACAUGUUCUAAAUUAUCAUAAAUAAGAAUAAUAAAUAAUAUAAUUAGUUUUUCUUGCCUUAUAGUUAUCGCCAACUUUUCUUCAGGGCUAAUGGCCUUUCUCAUACAUGUAUCCUGUUUUCUCAAAUCCGUAUCCAACCUUUGGAGAAGGAAGUCAAAGGUAUCUUUAGACAUUCUAAAAUAAGUGUAAAAUUUGGUAUCAUCUUCUCGUAACGAGCUCAUCAAAGUAUAAAAAUCCCCAACACUUUGUCUUUGCCUUAAAAUUGGAUGCACCCAGUGUAUUCUUCUUGUUUUUCUUUUUUUAGAUCGACGAUAAUACCAGUACAAAAUUAAAGUAUUCACGUCCAUUGUCUUUGGUAGUUUACUCUCAACUGAACACAAUCACGAAACAACAUGUGAACAUCAAUUCGGAUAUUUUAAUGAAUCGUGAAAAAACACGAUUCCGUAUUCAAUGUGAACAUCUAUCCGUCAAGGCGAAUCGUGUUUUAUACCGAAUCGUCAAAGACGUAUCCCGUGUGAAUGCGCCCUAAAUUAAAUGUUGUAUUGUAGCUUAGAUCAAACCCUGUCAAUCUAGUGGAAAAAAUAAAUGAGUUAUCUGGGUUAGUUUUGCAGUAAUUUACAAUAAUUUGUUUAUUUUCAUAUUUUUAAAAAAUAUUUUCAAUGAAUUUUAAUUAUUUUUUCAAAUUAUGAACGUAACAACUCCCUGAUCAAAAUUUUAUACGAUAGACUAGAGUUUUGCGCUUCGAAUAAGCCUAUUUUUAAUACCAGUAAAGCCUACACUUUGGGAGAUAUGAUUUUUUUUGUGUCCACGUAGAGAAUAUUUCAAGAAAAAAAACAAAAUGGCCGCCACAUAGCUGAUAAGUAGUUUGGACUUAAAUAUGUAGUGUAUUUGUGUAUUAGAAUAGUUGUUCUAUCAAUCCUUACAGCUCGUUCCCACCUGUCGGGUGUCGGAUCCGUAUAUUAAACGGAAGUUCUAGUGGCAGAGCAUUAUAUAUGACGCUAUUCACACUUAUCGGAAACCGAUUUUGUGUCGGCUCCGACAAGAAAUGUCGGGUGUUUUGCCAGCCCUCUACGCCCGGAAAAAAAUCGUGUCGGAUCUCGCUCGCCUAUGAUUAAGAACGGCGCUGUUCACAUUUGUCUGAUGUCGGAGCCGAUAACCCUCUCCCCGCUACCCCUCAUUCCGUUCGUGCGUACGUCGUACCUGCGAUCGCGCACACACACAUCGCGGCGCGCAAGCAGAGUUGUUGUGUUUUUAUUGUACGCACGUUUGGUGAUUCGUAGUAAUGGAAAAAAUAUCAACCCCGAACAAUUGAUCACACUAGUUCAGGAAAGAGGUGUCCUU